UGUCAUUGCAAGUUUUGCUUUGUAGCCUUCUUUGUGAUUUCUGCUAGAAAUCUUGUUGGCGUGUUGCUGUCAUUUUUUUGUGAAAAUUUGUUAAAUUUGCCAAUAAAUAAUUAUUUAAAAUUAAUAAAAUGUACAGUGGAGAAGAAUUUGCGACUACGGAGUACUAUGAUGAGUAUGCUCAUACUGGUGAUCCACAAUUGGAUUUGGAAUAUGAACGUAACUAUUAUCGCAUGCCGGAUAAUGUUAAAUAUUUCCUUAUCAACUUUUGCCAAGCAGUUAAGGAAGGUGUCUUGUUUGACAUCCAGAAUAUGUACGAGAACACUUUCCCACAAAUAAGUGAUCAUCAUUUUGAUAAGAGUGCUUGGCCUGAAGAGGAAGAAGUUGCCACCUUGGUCGACAACGACAAAGUGUUCUUGAUUUUGUACAAAGAAUUGUACUAUCGUCAUAUUCAUGCACGCAUUCCCGGUGGUCCCAAGUUGGAGCAACGCAUCCAUUCAUUUUUCAAUUAUUGUGAUUUCUUCAAUUUAAUUAUUUCAUCUCAAAGUCCUGUAGCGUUGGAAUUACCCGACAUUUGGUUGUGGGAAUUGGUUGAUGAAUUUGUUUAUCAAUUCCAAAACUUUGCUCAAUACAGAGCUCGCUUAACAGACAAGACCCAAGAAGAAAUUCAUCAAUUGUGUGUUAAUCACAGCAAUGUCUGGAGUAUUUUAUGUAUUCUCAAUGUUCUCCACUCUUUGGUUGACAUUUCCAAUAUCAAAAAACAAUUGGAAGCUAUUUCUCAGGGAAAUGAUCCACAAACUGUUGCUGGAGAAUUUGGUGAAUUGUCCUUCUACAAAAUGUUGGGCUACUUCUCUUUGGUGGGCUUAUUACGUGUCCACUCUUUGUUGGGUGAUUACUAUCAGGCCAUUAAAGUUUUGGAGCCUAUUGAAAUCCACAAAAAAUCACAAUAUUCGCAUAUUCCUGCAUGCCAGAUUUCUACAUCUUACUAUGUGGGCUUUGCCUAUAUGAUGAUGCGUCGUUAUGCUGAUGCCAUCCGCACUUUCUCGGACAUUCUUUUAUACAUCCAACGCACAAAGCAGUUGUACAGCACACGCUCCUAUCAAAACGAUCAAAUCAAUAAGCAAGCCGAACAAAUGUACCAUUUGUUGGCAAUUUGCUUGGUCUUGCAUCCACAAUGCAUUGAUGAAUCCAUCCAACAGGUGUUGCGUGAAAAGAACUAUCAUGAUGCCAUGUACAAAAUGCAAUGUGGUGACUUAGAGGUAUUUAAAUCAUUCUUCUUGUUCUCCUGUCCCCGAUUUGUCAGCCCUUGUCCACCUGCUGCUGAUGCCCCCAUGGAGGAUUAUGUUAAAGAUCCCAUGGAACAUCAAUUACAAGUAUUCAUGGAUGAAGUUAGACAACAAGCUGAUUUGCCUACCACCCGCUCUUAUUUGAAACUUUAUACCACCUUGCCAUUGGCUAAGUUGGCUUCAUUCAUUGAUUCCAAUGCCAGUGAAGAAGAUGUUUCAAAAUUGUUGAUCCGUUUGUUGUGCUUCAAACACAAGAUGCGUAAUUUAGUUUGGACUAAGGGAUCCAGUGGUUUGGAGGGUAAAUUCAAAUCUGGCUCAGAGUUGGAUUUCUAUAUUGAUGAUGACAUGAUUCAUAUUGCUGACACCAAGGUAUCACAUCGUUACGGCGACUUCUUCGUGCGCAAAAUUUUGAAAUUCAAUGAUUUAAAUCGCAAAUUGAAAAAUAUUAAUAUUUAAAUUAUUAUAAUCUAAUCUAUCAACUUGAUUUUUUAUCGUACAUAUAUCUAAGUUUAACAAACUUGACUUUUUCCCAAUGUAAAAAGCUAUAAUUACAGAAAUAAAACUGAUGAGGCAUAUUUACAUGCCUUGGAAAAGUCUAAAA